AUGGGAAUCGAUGGACAUAUCCAACAGCAAAUUCCAAUGCUGGUGGCGGACCUUGGGAAGCACGAUAUGAUCAUUGGAAGGCUAUGGUUCUCAGAGAAUGACGUUUUGCUUGACUGUCGUCGUCGCCGAAUGAUUUGGCCCCACGAAGUGUCCCUGUUUGAAGAAGUGGCUAGUAAAAUAGCACUUCCAACACCCAUCACGAUCCUGAAGAAUCCUCGAAACCUCACUCACCAGAAGGAUGCGGAUCGUCGUGACAAAAUCCUGGAGCAGAGCAUUGAUCCCUACCUAGAUCGGAACGGGGGACGCUUCCCAUCCCCACGGCAUCAUCAGAAGGGACAAUGGCGGGCAAAGGAUAUUGAGAAAAUGCAACGAAACCUCGACGGAACAAAAUCUCCAGAAUUAUCCGGCACACUUGACAUAAAUUCAAAAACGGAAGUCUUUGCAACGUCUCUUAGUGAGAUCGAUAGCAUCCUUGAAGUGAAGAGCAGCAGCGUAUCUGAUGACCCGGAGAUGGAUGAAAUCCUUCGAGUGCUACCGGCUGAAUACCAUGAUUUGGCCGACGUCUUCCUGAAGAGAAAAUCAGAUGAACUUCCGCCGCACAGAAAGGGAGUCGAUCAUGACAUCGUUUUGGAGGCAGAAGCUCAGCCUGGUUACUGCCCUCUCUACAAACUGUCUACGCAGGAGCUCCAGGAAGCUAAGAAGUAUAUUCUAGCGAACCUCGAUAAAGGGUUUAUCGUUCCCAGCUCAGCACCAUAUGCCUCGCCGAUCCUGAUGGCUAGGAAGCCAGGAGGUGGACUACGUUUCUGCGUUGACUAUCGGAGACUGAACGCGCUUACCAAGAAGGAUUGCUAUCCAUUACCUCUGAUUGAUGAGGUUCUGCAGCGAACUAGCAAGGCUAAAUUCUUCACAAAGGUGGACAUGCAACAAGGGUUCCACCGUAUCCGCAUGACGCCUGAUGCUGAAGAUCUGACGACAUUUCGGACUCGAUAUGGAUCCUUCAAGUACAAAGUUCUGCCUUUCGGUUUAACCAAUGGACCCGCUACGUUCCAGCGUUUUAUGAACGACGUUCUGAGGGAAUGCAUGGAUGAAUACGCGAUCGCCUUUGUGGACGAUGUUUUGAUCUACAGCGAGAACGAAGAGGACCAUCGUCGGCAUGUCAGGGAGGUUCUCCGUCGACUCCGGGCAGCUGGAUUGCAAGUGGGUAUCAAGAAGUGCGAAUUUUCAGUCCAACAGACGAAGUUCAUAGGCUUCAUCGUCAGCACGGAUGGAAUUUCCGUGGACCCCGAGAAGAUCCGCAUUAUUGAAGAAUGGACGUCUCCUGAUACAGUAAGAGGCAUCCAGUCAUUUCUUGGCUUUUGCAAUUUUUACCGGCGGUUUAUACGGAACUACAGCAAGAUAUCCAAACCACUACACCGUCUAACCCGGAAAGACACCCCGUGGGACUGGGAUGACAAUUGUGAAGGAGCGUUCCAGGAACUGAAGAACGCGCUCCUCUCGGCGCCAAUUCUACGACAUUACGAUCAUCAGCGCCUUACCCGAGUAGAAACUGACGCAUCUGACGGAGUGCUGGGUGCAGUCCUAACGCAGUAUUACGAAGAGGACGAUUUCUGGCACCCUGUCGCCUUUUAUUCGAAAGUCAUGCAGCAAGCGGAGUUGCACUACGAAAUCCGAGACAAAGAACUCCUAGCAAUAGUCCGUGCUUUGCAAGAAUGGAGACCAGAGUUGCUUAGCUUAACGCAGACAGAGUGUUUUGGCGUAGUGACGGAUCAUCAAUCUCUGGAGUAUUUCAUGAAGAACCGACAGCUGAAUCAACGACAAAUGCGAUGGAGCGAGUUUCUCUCUCAGUUUCACUUCAUGAUCAAAUAUCGCCCGGGAAAGAAGAACAUUAUUGCAGACGUCUUAUCGCGAAAAGACGCUCCAUGUCUGGAUGAUAGUCGACAAGCUGUUUUACUCCCAGAGUCCUGUUUCGAAGACCCAGGGAGAGAUCCCGAUGCUGAUCCCGUUCAGAUAUCCCCUCUCUCUAACGAAAUAGCAGGUAACGGACCUGACGGAUCCAGCAUUGUUGAACGAGUCAAGCAUGCCAAUCGCAAUGACCAAAGCCUCAACGAAUUCCGCGAAAUGGCCGGUGCAGGAAGCCCAAGCUGGUCCAUAGACGACGAUGGUUUAUUACUCUACAAUGGUAAACUAGAAGUGUCUGACCAAGAUGAUCUCCGUGCUCGACUCCUCGACGAGAUGCAUCGCCAGCCACUGGUAGCUCACCCGGGCAUCGAGAAGCUGAAGAAAUUAGUUUCUGCACGGUAUCAUUGGCAUGGAUGGGCCAGUGACAUAAAGCGAUACGUUGACAACUGCCUGAUAUGCAAGAGAACCAAGGCGUGGAGAGACAAGACCCCAGGUUUACUCCAUCCGAUAGAGAACCCGAAUCGUCCAUGGGAGCAUCUCACUAUGGAUUUCCGAUCAUUCCCGAAGGAUAAGAAUGGUUUUGACGCUGUAUUCGUGAUCGUCUAUCGACUCUCUAAGAGACCCGUCUCGAUACCUUGUCACAAAGAGACGACUGCGAAGAAGAUGGCCCGUUUGUUCAUCAACAAUGUCAUCAGGAUCACCGGGAUUCCGGUAUCGAUCAUAUCAGAUCGAGGAGGACAGUUUAUCUCGGAGUUCUGGACUGAAUUCUGCCGAAUUCUUGGAAUUGAGAGAAGACUAUCAUCAGCACAUCACCCAGAGACUGAUGGACAAAGCGAAAUCGCCAAUCAAUAUAUGGCACAGCGGCUCUGCCCCUACAUUGAGCAUAACCAGGACGAUUGGUCCGAUUACCUUCCAAUGGUUGACUUUGCAGCAUCGAUUCUGCCCCAAGAAACAACUCGAAAGUCCCCAUUUUUCGUCGAGCGAGGAUACGAACCUGUGAUGUCAUUCGACUGGCGAGAUCGGAGCACCCUGACUGAGAAUGAGCAAGAAGCAUCUGACAUGCUAGCACGUCUACAUGAGAUCUGGAACGAGACGAAGGAACAAGCUACGCAUUCCCAGGGACGGCAGGCUCAACAAGCAAAUAGGCAUCGCCGUGAAGUUGAUUUCGACGUCGGUGAUCUGGUUUUUGUAACGACGAAGGACUGGCUGAAGGACAGGCCUAGCAGGAAGCUUUCCGACGUCGCCAGUGGACCGUACAAAAUCAUCAAGAAGGAAGGGUUCUCGUUCAAAUUGGACCUUCCUCCGUCGAUUAAGGUGCAUCCAGUCUUUCAUGCUAGCAAGCUACGGAAGGCAUCGACGACUGAACCACUGCGAGGGCAGCAUUCGGACCAUCCCCCACCUAUUCAGGUAGGAGAAACCGAUGAAUGGGAGGUCGAGAAGAUUCUCGAUGCCAAACUUCGUUACCGAAAAUUGGUUUACCGAGUCCAAUGGCUCGGGCAUGACGUUGACCUGACAUGGUAUCCCGCUGGGAACUUCAAAAAUUCAGCCGAUAAGAUCGAGGAAUUCCAUGACAAUUACCCGUCAAAGCCGGGACCACCCUUACGGCUGCAAGCAUGGAAGGACGCUGCUAUGGCAGACCAACUACUGGAGGAUCACCCUGACGAUGAUAAAGUGUGA